AGGGUGUGACUUGUUGGCUCUUUUUCCCGCCUGUAUAAAACGACAAGUUCGCUUAAAAGAAAAUACAGAUGGAGAAGUCUAGCCGGUUCGCUGUGACACAGAGAGUCCCCUUAAGCUUACGUGACAACUCGCAUACUGUCACUUUGUGACCAGUUUAUCGGCAGAAUGCCCGGUCUAUGCGUGCUUUGUCUCACUGCGGUGCUCGCUGCAUUCACCCGGUUCGCGGAGACCGUGGGACCGGUGGUCCGAUGCGAGCCGUGUGACGCCGGGGCUCUUAUGGAGUGCAAGCCGCUGCCAAAAGACUGCGCAGAGAGGGUGCGGGAGCCCGGCUGCGGGUGCUGUCUGUCGUGCGCCCUUGCUGAGGGUCAGGCGUGUGGAGUGUACACCGGACGCUGUGGCUCCGGGCUGAUUUGUCAGUUCCAACCCGGGGAGACCCGACCACUGCAAGCCUUGCUAGAAGGACGGGGAGCGUGCUCCAGCGCCGCGUCCAAAACACUCAACACCUUUCUGCUCCCCGCUCAGAAACAAGAGAACACAAGCGGGGAGCAUUCUGGGGCGGGGGAUGAACCGCGUGCCAACGGCACCGUGACGACGACCAAGACAGUGGCAGGGAGCACGGUAGGUAUGGAAGGCGGAGGUGGUGGACAUCGGGGAGCGAUAGAGGCCAAACCGCCGCUGCACACCAAGCUAGACGUGAUCAUCAAGAAGGAGCAGAAUAAGAAGAGCCAGAGCUACAAGGUGGAGUCAGUGUCUGGGGGAGUCAACUCAGACAUGCACAACUUCUCCCUGGAUAACAAGAGGGAGACUGAGUAUGGCCCAUGCAGGAGAGAGAUGGAAAGCAUCCUGAACAGUCUUAAAAUCUCCAAUGUGCUCAACCCCAGAGGCUUCCGCAUCCCCAACUGUGACAAAAAGGGCUUCUACAAGAAAAAACAAUGCCGUCCUUCCAAAGGGAGGAAGAGGGGUUACUGCUGGUGUGUGGAUAAGUACGGUCAGCCUCUCCCUGGCUAUGAUGGAAAGGAGAGAGGAGAAUCCCAGUGCAACAACCUGGAGAACAAAUGAGAGGCAGAGAGAGGAUGGAGUGAUGGAGAGAAAGAAUGAGGCAAGAAGGAGAGAGGAAUGGGAGAGAGAGAUACUUUUUUAAACUCCUGCCUUGCACGUAACCGUCGAAAGAGUGCCGGACCGUGGACCUCAGGUCACAUUACUGCCGGGUGGGGGAGGGAGAGGGAGGGAGGGGGAGGGAGGGGAAGGGAGGGGCAGACUGGGACAGCACAGCCUAAUAGGCCAAGCCUUCUGUCCAUCAUCUGCAGCUAUCUGCUCUGUGCUAUGGUAACCUCUAGCUACCCCUCGUAUGAAAACAACAGAGAGAGAAACUAAACAUCUGCACUAUUAUUUUAGAGAGAGAGGAUGGAGGGACUUUUCCACUCACUUUAAAGAGGACUUGUCUGUGACUGUGACCCAACGCAACAUGCUUGUGUAUUUUUGUGUGUGUGUAUGCAUGCAUGUGUGUGUGCGUGCAUGUGUGUAUGCCUGCGUGUGAGGAUGUAUGAGUGUUUGUGUGUGUGUGUGUCUGUGUAUGCCUGCGUGUGAGCAUGUAUGAGUGUUUGUGUGUGUGUGUAUGUGCGUGUAAAUGCUGUCUUUCAAUAAGCUCAGUUUAGAGGUGUAAGAAAACCUCUUGACAUCCAAACCCUGCCCCCUUCUAUCCUGUCAUGCAGAGACUCCUCCCCUUUCUCAGGAUCCAUCAUUUUGAAGUGAAGGCUUAUGGGUAGGCUGGCCUCUGACCUCUUCCCUGCCAUGUUGGACACCACUGGCCUUUCCCACUGUCUCCAUAGCAACCAGCUUGUCCCGCCCGAUGUGCUGCGUCACAUUUACAGGUUUAGGGGGAAGGAAAGGAAUGGAGACGGUGCCGAAUAACGGUGCCUUAAACCCACACUGCCCCUCUCCCCCUCUUCCCCAUCCCUGACCCAUACCCCUCCCUUUCUCAUAUUCCUUGGUUAGCCCUCUGCGGUCCUCAUAGGACCCCAGGAAGAGUAGCUGCUGCUUUUGCAAAAGUUCAUGGGGAUUUAAAAAAAUAAAUCAACAGGUUCUCACAUAACGUUACCACCCUGCAGCCCUGGUCUGGUUAGCUAGCUGGCGGGUUGGGUUAGCAUAGUUAGCCAAACCAUCACUUCUUCAUUCAGGAAAUAGGGCCAGUGGUGUUGUCAUGACAACAUGGUCCCUCUAUCUGCAGUACUCUUCCUGUCUAUGGUGCAUAUGUCCUGGUGUGGGGUCCUUUAGACUGGGCAUGCUCGGUGGGACCGGGCUGCUCUCUAUGCCAUAGGAGCCAGCUUCGAGGCCAAGCACAACCACUUAAAGCACUUUAGCUGCACCCAACCAACUUUUCUACAGCGCUCCUCACAGUUAAAGACCAUCUCUACCCAUUGUAGCGUAGUAGUCAUACCGUUUAAUUGGUGCAACAUUUAACAAGGUUUAUAGCACUGUAGAGCAAAACAUCAACAACAACAAAAGAAAAACCAAUGUUACACAAGCACUUCUGACUGUGACUUUACUCAGCCUGCGGAACAAACGCCCCUCCUCACAAUUUACAUUCUAUGCAAAGUGUGUUUUAUUUUUGUUGAUAUUGUUUCUUGGAGAUGCUUGUAUGAUCUUAUGCCAACAUAACUCCACCAGGUGGAUGCAGCACCAAAUAUGCAUUCAAGAAGCAGACAGGGGGUCUGAGGGAGGGGGCGUGGUCCUCCUAGAAGUGCUCCCUGCUUCCUGUAUGACGCUUUCACAUAUCCUGUGUCUGAAAUGGCACCAUAUUUCGUAUAUAAUUCCCUAUGGGCCCUGAUCAAAAGUGAUGCACUACAUAGGGAAUAGGAUGCCAUUGAAGAUGCAGACUUGAACAGUGGAGUGUGCACGACAAGGAAUGCUAGCCCAGUAGCUCGGUAGCAUGGAAUUGGAUGCACACACACUUUAAAACAAACAACAACAACAUCUUAAAACCAACCAACCCGCUGAGGCUGCAAGCCAUUCUAUUUGAAGACUUGAUUUCGGGAUAAUUCAAUUAUGUUUAAGAUAUUGCCCCACUCCUUCCCAGUUUUUAGUUAUUCUUUUUCUAUAUUGAAAAUGUUUUCGUGGCUCUAUGUGGCUGACACAUGUACGGUACUUCAAAUUCAAGUUAUUUAUCUAACAAAGAAUUAUAAACGGAUCCAAACUACGUUUUUUUCUUACCAUCAAUUCAGUGACUCACUAAUUGUAGAGCAAACUCGAAGUUGAUUCAGCGUAUUUUGGGGAAUGUAAUCACUAAUGAAUGUUACAUUUUUUUAAUUAACAUUUUCUUCUAUAAUUAUUUUUGUAAACUUUAAACAUCUCUGGUUUGUUGCCCACGGUAACUGUCAGUCGGUCAGGCACUCAGGCACUCAGGUCACUGGUCUGUUGACUAAUUGGUUUGUAACAAAGUUGGGGUCAGUUUUAUUUCUAUUCAGUCAAUACAAUAAUCUGAAAAUCUUCAUGAGGACAUGUUGAAUUUGAAUUUCAACUGACUUUUCUGAAUGAACUGAAUGGAAUGUAGCCCAAUCCUGUUGUGUAAUCCAAUGGGUCUGUAGUCAAGUGAAACUCUCAGUCAGUCCAUCGGUCACUGCUCCAACACUUCUCUCCGUACACACCAACGUCCACACAAACGUGCACAGCAAUCUGCACGCGAUGCCAUCCCGUCUCAGUCUCGGUCCACAUCCAGGGGCACCUCUGUCUCUCUAACAUUUUGUCACUUUUCUGGUGGUCAUGUAAGAAUCUCUCUUCUGUUCACGGGUAAUUGUACUUUAUUUUUACAUUUUGUUUAAACUUUUAUUGUUUAAAGAGUUUUGAUUCUUUAAAGAAAAAAAGCUUUUCAUGUUACUAAUCUAGAAAAUCACACAGCUAUUAUUUUCUUUGAGAAAGGAACAUUAUUUUGUUAAAAUAUAAUUUGUAUUUAAUGUCUUUUUAAAAUAAAAAAAUAAACACUAUUUUCAUUU